AUGUCAUGGGGUCACAGUGCAACACGAUCAUGGAAGGUUAUCAAGUACGUCGACCUCCGUUCCCAACCGUCUCGAAUAAUUAUGGAAUCUGAUCUCGCUGUGAAUUUAUGUAAGGAAAGCCGCUUGCUCACUUUAUCCCAGGGCAAUACCGUGAUUGAGCAGAUCCCCCUUUGUGCGCCUUCGCCGACUGUCAUCUCUCAAUACACAGAGUUUAAGCAGAACGACACUCGAAGCCUGUCAUCAUCCCAACGUUCAUUCUAUAUGUUAGAAUCGCAAUCUUCGCCGCAUCCUGACCUUCGCAGCGUUAUCAAUCCUAUCACAAUCAAAAGAGAGGAUUUCACGAACUCUCCUCAUAACAGCCAGUCUCCGUUGAAGUGUUUCUCUCCCUUCAGUCCCAUGCCUUCACAAUCCUGUCUUUCAACUCCUGUCAAGCUUGAAGUGCAAGAAAAGGCGACUCAGACCGAAUGUCUUGACGAUUGGUGUUCUAGCGAUGAACAGUUAGAAGCUGAGCUUAGUCGUCUCAUGAGAUCCCCACAAUUCAUGUCACUGGUGAAGAAAAUCCAAAGAAUAUGGCCAAAGCUGCAAAUGACUGGUGCUGGAAAUGGUUUUUAA